AUGGAGCCAUUGAGAGCAACUGGCGUCCAAAAGGUCCUUUCUAAUUACACGAAGUGGUUGAACGAGCAACUUUCACCUAACCCACGCGCCUUCUCCGAGGCUGAAGACUGCUCUUCUUCGGGUGACUUGGAUGCUUUUAUCGAGAGAGAGCACUCACGGCACGAUUCUCCCAAGUCCGAUCCCUCCGCUCUCGACGAGCAAACUACCUCGGAGUACCCACCUAUUGACGACGACACUGGUCUUCAAACAAGCCUGGACGGGUCGGAGGCAUCUGGUAGUCAAAACGAAGGGCCACACAGCCAGACUUCAUAUCACGUUGGCGAAGAAGAUUCGGAAGACUUUCAAGAUCAAUACGAAGACAGCGACUUAUACAGUCUCGAGGAGGACGAACUUGAAGAGGAGCUAGAGGAAACUGACUCUUCCGAAUCUAACAGUACUGCUGAGACUGCUGGGCCCCAUCCAGGCGAUAAACCGGGCACAACCUCUGCUGGGGCUCAUGCGUAUUUGCCGACCGCACCCAAGGCAGAUACCGCGAUUGUUGCGCUUCGGGGAAGCUCAGUUCUCAAAAAGCAGUCCGAUUCUCUACUAUUCAACAAUAUCACGAUCUCCGAUGACCAGAGUGCAGGUAGCAGAAUAGCUGAACGCAAUCUUCUAGCGUUGAGAGGUCGCAAAACCAAGCUCGAGCCUAUCCACUUCGUUUACCGCAAGGGCUCUGAAAUUCCCACCUCGCCUUGGAAAGGUAUGUCGGGUGAAGAUCUUACAGAAUACCAGAGGACAUUGGAGGCACUCGAACAACAAAACCCAAAAAGGCUCAUGAUGGCUCGCUUGGAGCAAGACACUUUGGAAAGAGGCCAAGAUGCAACAAUCCUAGAGAACGUCGGCGUUGCCUCUUCCUAUUCAGCGGGCCAAGUCGCCUCAGCAACUAUCCUGCAGAACAAUGAGACAACGCUUGACGUAGCGGAUAUGCAGCGCCUCACCGGCGGCCACGAUCCUUCUCACUUGGAUCUUAAGAAGCUUCAGGACUACAUUGAGCUGUUGCAGAGCCAAGUCAAGAAACUCGAGUCCAGUCACAAAGAGCUGUCGCCUUCCAGGUUCCAGGUAUUGCACCGCAUAAUGCAGAGACAGAAUCGUGAAAACAGAGGUCGAGGCGAAUAUGAAUGGAAGCUUUCUUCGCCAUAUUUUGACGAGCCGGAAUGGAUCGAAGGUCAGCAAAACCAACGUCAAUUCCGAUGCAGCUUACCUGUGACAAAUUUUGAACUGUACUUGGAGAAGAACAAGGACAUUGCCUUCCUUGUCUACCGGGAUUUUCACCCGGCACCGCCAGAUAUGGUUGGAUCCAGCAGCGCCGAUCGUUUUGUAGAACGUGCUGACUCUGUGAGACCGCAGCCCUACCGCGAGACUAUCCGACCUAUAGCCCAAACACUGAUUGAAGCCAUCGAGACUCUACUGGGCUCGCGGGACGAGUACUCCAGCUUGCUGCAGGAAUACAAAGUCUCGCCGGAGUUGCAAGCCCCGUACCUCGCUGUAUAUCACAGCCGUAAAAAUUUGGACGCGAUACAAGAGGGACUGUCUCCCGAAUCCCAAAAACAGUUCGGCUUGCUUCUUCAAUACGUCACCGAUCACUACGGGGAGAAUUAUGCAGCAGCCGACUCGCUCUUCUCGGAGAACAAAACAUCAUCAGAUAAUGUGCCGUAUCUCUUCAAACCGGGCGAUAUCCUGGUGCAACGCAGCCAGGGGCAGUAUUCCGCGUUUGUGGCCAGCAGUUGGCCUAUCAAGGGCGGCAGCAGAUAUGUGUCACGCUUGAAAGACAACGUUCAAUGUGGCGAUCAUCUACCACUCUACGGUUCACACGAAGCCGCCAAAAGGAUUGUGAAUGAGAGGAUUAAGAUGCAGAGCUGGUCCGUGACUGGUUGGUCUUGGGCGUUCGACGGGACUUUUCAACGCCAGAACCGCAAGUGUCACUUUGAAACCGAAGUCAGUGAAAUGGGUAAGCACGACACUGCCGUUGAAAACACCCCGGCCAAACAGAGACAACGGAUAGAAGUCAACCAAGUGAAGACCCAGACCAUUGGAGACUUGAGCAUUUUUCCCCUGGCGUACGCUGAACCAGCUCUUGUGGACAGACUUCGCAAGAGAGGCGACACGUUCUGGAAAUGCCGUAACCGGCGCUUGGUUUCGUAUACUGAGAAAGGGAUGGACAAUACUAAUAACAUGAUUGAGGAGCGGUACAUGAUCGACCUCAAAACAUACCGCAGCUUACACUCGACCAACAACUUUGCACGUCCAUUAGAGGACGAACUUGGAGCUGAUGCUAUGGCUAAGACUGAGCCACCGGACGAGAAAUUCAGUUACGUGCUGCCGCCGGAAAUCAAGGGCUACAAUCUACGACUCAAAAAAUGGUUCGAUCUAGAAGUUGACCGGAUCUCCGAGGUUACCUGGAAUGUCGAAGCAUUCGAAACCCUGGUCAUCGAACGAAAAGCUAGAAAUCUUAUAUUAGCCCUUGUCAGUAACAAAAUAGCGGCGGAGAGAUCAACAGACCUUAUUGCUGGCAAAGGAAACGGUCUUAUUUUGUUGUUACAUGGUGGACCCGGCACUGGUAAGACCUUGACCGCCGAGAGCGUUGCUGAAAUUGCCCAGAAGCCCUUAUAUCGGGUGACCUGUGGCGACGUAGGUACCAAAGCAGAAGAUGUCGAAAAGUACCUUGAAUCGGUCCUUCAUCUCGGCAAGAUAUGGGGUUGUGUGGUCUUACUUGAUGAGGCGGAUGUCUUCUUGGAACAGCGCAGCUUAGAGGAUCUGGAGAGAAACGCUCUCGUUUCUGUGUUUCUACGGGUCAUGGAAUACUACGAAGGCAUUCUUGUGCUCACCAGCAAUCGUGUUGGAACGUUUGACGAAGCGUUCAAGUCAAGAAUCCAGCUUGCUCUGCAUUACCCCAGCCUCGGUCAAUACCAACGACUUCGUGUCUGGGAAAACUUCAUAAAGCGGCUCGAAUCUUUCGGUGACGACAAAGUGGACACGCAAGAUCUCCGUGAUCAUCUCGAGGAUCUAAGUAAGGAGAAGAUGAAUGGCCGACAGAUACGAAAUGCAAUCACCACUGCGAGACAAUAUGCUGAAUGGCAAUCUGAACAAUCGAAAGAUGGCGUCACGAAGAAAAUGGCGUAUGAGCACCUGAAGGACGUGAUUGAAGUUGCCAGCCGCUUCGACAAGUACAUUGACAAGUUACAUGGCGGGUUUUCGGGGGAUCAGCUUGCAGAGGAUGAAGGGUUGAGACUAUCAUGA